AAAAAAAUUUAUGUCGGUAACAACAGUAUUUUCUGAAAAAAAUAUACCCGAUAUUUGUUAGAAAAAAUAUCGGAUAUCAAUAUAUCGGGGUCAAAAAAUAUCGGCGAUAAUAUAUCGAUAUAUAUCGAUAUAAUAUCGGCCAUUAAAUAUAUCGGUGACUAUCGCACAUCCCUAGCCGCAUUGGAUUUACUCUACCAUGGAUUUACUGUAAAUAGUGCUGGCGCCUUGUGAAAUAUUAUCAGCAAUUAUUAGCCGUUUAUGAACGGCAAAUUCUAUUUAUUAGAUAGAAACAGUUAAAUUAAAAAAUUUCUUCUUAAAUUAACAUGGCAAAUACAAUCAGAUGUUUUACAAAGAUAAAUUUGAGUAUGCUUUCCGGCAAUUUUACUCGUCAAUUGCAGCUCAAUUCAAAAAGAACAUUAUUCGCUGAAUCUAGUAUGGCAAUAACUGAGUAUAAAAAUUCAAGAGAUCAGGUUUUUGAGAAAUAUAACUCAUUGGUUGAUGGGUUCAAAGAAAAAAUGCGCAAAAGUAUAACUGAUGACCAAGGCCUUAUAUUUACUGAGGAUUUAAAAACCUUACUUCAUCUAGCUGAGAAAAAUACUGAUGACAUACAAUUGAUAAAAAAUUUAUUAAUCAAAUUUACAAGUCAAAAUAAUGAAAUUAGAUUUGGUUCAUUCAAAUUUGGACCAGUUGUUAUGAGAACAUUUUAUUAUUUGAAUGAACCAAAAACUGCUCUUGAGUUAUUUAUGGAUCCAAAAUUAUCAACAUUUUUUAACCAAAUGACAAGUUUCAUGAUUUUACUGGAUUUAUUGUAUGAAAAUAAAAUGUACAAAGAAGUUCGUGAUACAUAUGACCAUAUCAAGGACAACAUGUUGGUCAAUUCAACACAUCCAAAAUUGGCAAUUCCAAUUUUGGCAAUGGCAUGCUAUCAAGAGAAUACUUCUGAAAGUCUAGAGCAUGGUCUGCGUAUCUGUGAAGAUUUAAGUAAAAAAGGAAGUGUACCACUUCGUCGUGUUGUUGCCACCCUUGGAGCCUUAGCCUUGAAGCAAAAUAAGCCACAUAUUGCACUGGAACUUGUUGCAUUGUGCAGAACGAUCGAAUACGUUUCGAUAAGAUGUGUUCGUGUUAUGGCACUUGCUGAUCUUGGCAGACUCGAUGAUAUCGUCUUGGAAUUUCAAUCGGCACUUAAACGAGGAAUACCUAGCAAAUAUAGCUAUUUUUCAGAUGCUAUAACCAAAGUGGAAGAAUCAGUUAAACGUCUGAAUAUUCCUGAAGAUGCUGAAAUCUUUGAGCUGUUAAAACUCCUGAAGGCUCGUAGUUACACGAUUGAAAUGACUCUAGAAGAACACCUAUCAUUGCCUAUUGAAUCAGUCAAAAAAGAUAAUAUUUUAUACCAGGCAAAAAAUAAUAAAUACGAAGAUCAAGGCUGGGGGGAAUCUCGACGACAAAGAAGCUUCAACAAUCGUGAAAAUUCUAGAGAUAGCUGGGGAAGCGAGCAAUGUAGCUCUGCAUAAAGAAUUCAAUAUAAUUUCUAAAUUUCGUAGCAUUAAUGAACAGUGAGAUUAAAAAAAAAAUGCCUUCGCUUAAA